AUGGAGCCGCCGCCUUGCUCCAGGAAGAGCCUGUCGCUGUCCCUGCCCGUGCCCCGGGAGGGCCAGGCCACCCUCAAGCCCCCCCAGCACCUGUGGAGGCAGCCCCGGACCCCCAUCAAGAUCAAACACCGGGGCUACUCGGAUACGGAGCGGCCCCCGGCCCGGCACAUCGAGCGGGCUGACGCCGUGGACACCAGCGACCGGCCGGGGCUGAAGAAAUCCCGCAUGUCCUGGCCCUCCUCCUUCCACGGGACCCCCAGCCACGGCACGAGCAAGCGCUUCGAGGUGGAGAAUGGCCCCUCCCCAGCCAGGAGCCCCCUGGACCCCCAGGCCAGCCCCGGCCUCGUCCUGCACCCCAGUUUCCCAGCCGGGCAGCGGCGCGAGUCCUUCCUGUACCGCUCGGACAGCGACUACGACCUGUCGCCCAAAACCAUGUCCCGCAACUCCUCCGUCGCCAGCGAGUCGCACACGGAGGACCUGAUCGUGACACCCUUCGCCCAGGUGCUGGCCAGUCUGCGCAGCGUGAGGAACAACUUCUCCAUCCUGGCCAACGUCCCGACCCCAACGUCCAACAAGAGGUCCCCUGUGGGCAGCCAGCCGACCUUCUGCAAGGCGAUGCUGUCAGAGGAGACCUACCAGCAGCUGGCCAAGGAGACCCUGGAGGAGCUGGACUGGUGCCUGGACCAGCUGGAGACAAUCCAGACCUACCGCUCGGUCAGCGAGAUGGCGUCAAACAAGUUCAAGAGAAUGCUGACCCGUGAGCUCACCCACCUGUCUGAGAUGAGCCGCUCUGGAAACCAGGUCUCCGAGUACAUUUCCAGCACGUUCCUCGACAAGCAGAAUGAGGUGGAGAUCCCGCCCCCCACGCACAAGGAGCGGGAGAAGAAGAAGAAGCAGCAGCCCAUGUGCCAGAUCAGCGGCGUGAAGAAACUCGUGCCCAGCUCAAGCCUCACCAACUCCAGCAUCCCCCGCUUCGGGGUCAAAACCGACCAGGAGGAGCUGCUCAGCCAGGAGCUGGAGAAUCUCAACAAGUGGGGCCUGAACAUUUUCCAUGUCUCCGAAUAUUCCAACAGCCGCUCGCUCAGCUGCAUCAUGUACACAAUAUUCCAGGAGAGAGACCUGCUGAAAACCUUCAAGAUCCCGGUGGAGACGCUGCUGACGUACGUGCUGACCCUGGAGGAGCAUUACCACGCCGACGUGGCGUACCACAACUGCCUGCAUGCCGCCGACGUGGUGCAGUCCACGCACGUCCUGCUGGCCACGCCCGCCCUGGAUGCUGUGUUCACCGACCUGGAGAUCCUGGCCGCUCUGUUUGCAGCCGCCAUCCAUGACGUGGAUCACCCGGGCGUCUCCAACCAGUUCCUGAUCAACACCAACUCGGAGCUGGCCCUGAUGUACAAUGACGAAUCGGUCCUGGAGAACCACCACCUGGCCGUGGGCUUCAAGCUGCUGCAGGAGGAGAAUUGCGACAUCUUCCAGAGCCUCGGCAAGCGCCAGCGCCAGACUCUGCGCAAGAUGGUUAUCGACAUGGUCCUGGCCACCGACAUGUCCAAACACAUGAGCCUCUUGGCCGACCUCAAGACCAUGGUGGAGACCAAGAAAGUGACGAGCUCUGGGGUGCUGCUGCUCGACAACUACACGGACCGGAUCCAGGUGCUGCGGAACAUGGUUCACUGCGCCGACCUCAGCAACCCCACGAAGCCGCUGGGGCUGUAUCGGCAGUGGACCGACCGCAUCAUGGAGGAGUUCUUCCGGCAGGGCGACAAGGAGCGGGAGCGGGGCAUGGAGAUCAGCCCCAUGUGCGACAAGCACACGGCCUCCGUGGAGAAAUCCCAGGUGGGUUUCAUCGACUACAUCGUUCACCCGCUGUGGGAGACGUGGGCGGACCUGGUGCACCCUGACGCCCAGGAAAUCCUGGACACCCUGGAGGACAACCGGGAUUGGUACCACACCAUGAUCCCGCGGAGCCCCUCCCCGCCCCCGGACGAGCAGGACAAGGACGAGGAGGUCUGCCUGGAGAAGUUCCAGUUCGAACUGACGCUGGAGGAGGAGGGCGAGGAGUCGGAUCAGUCGGACCCGGAGCGCUGCAGCCUGGGCCACGAGGAGAACAGCUUCUCCCCUGCGGAGGAGGAGCCACCCUGCCCGUCCCCAGAGGAGCAGGGCGGGCAGAACGGACUGGCACACGACACAGCCCCUGGGGCACCCUGACUCUGGGCUUCGGCUCAGCCGCCCAGCGGGAAACCAAACGAAAGCCACAUGUGCACCCCCGCCAUGGACUCUCUUUGGGGGGCACCAACACACAACUCCCGUUAAUUUAAUGUUGGGUUUAGUUGAGGGGAUUUUUAUUGUAUUUUUUACAAAAAAAAAAAAAAAAAAAGGAAGAAAAAAAGAAAAACUUUGAAAAAAGCCAAACCACAACAAAGAGAACAAACACAGCAACUGUAGAGGGGUCAGCCUGGGCCCGGCCCCCCCAGCAGAGCUCCCAGCCCCCCGGACUCCUGCACCUCCCGCCUGCAGGUUUGCUGGUGUCACUGGUCCAGCCUGAUUCUCUUUGGUUCGGAGCAGCCGGGGGCCGGGCACUUUUCGCUUCCCAUUCGGGUUCCCCUCCCUGCGCCCUUCAGAGAUCUAUUUUUGUAAACAAUCAGGACUGAACGCAGAGCAGAGCGGGAUGGGAGCAAAGAGGGGAGCCGACUCUGUGCCCCCCAGCCCUGCGCACUGUCCUGGCUGGGACCCCUCAGCCGGCCUCCAUCUGGCCUGGGGUCUUGGUGCCGGCACUGCUGGCUGCUCUGGGCCCCCCAACGGUGGUUCGGAUUAUUUUAAUUUAUUAUUGUGGGGGGAGGGGAUGGUUGUGGGCCCUGGGUUAUUUUAAUGCACCUGGUAAUUUAUUGUACAUUAAUUAUUAUUUUUGGAACAUGG